GACCGGCGUCGUCGUCGAUGCGGCCGGAACGACUCCGCUGCACUGACUUGACAACAGAAGUAAUUGUUAUUAUUGACAGAGUGAUAAUGUGAGCUGGGUUCGACGACGUGUUUCUGUGCGUACUCGAGGGCGCGUUUGGCCGGUGAACGCCGCGAUCCAAGCGUCGGCCCUGUCGAGAGACCGUGGAACUUUGUGCAGGCUUUAUUCAACGAAAACGAAAUUUUUUCUGUUAAACUUGUCGUCACACGAGGAUACAGGUUAUGUGAACUCGGUGAACGGAGCGAGUGAGUGAGCUCGUCCUCUCCUGCUCGUGGUCGCUCGAUGGGCCGCAGGAUGGGCCAGGGUACGGAGACGUGCGCCGAUCGGCCCACGGAGGUCAGCGUCAUCAGAUUUGUUUCGCGGAACCAUACCAUCGAGGAAAUCGCACCGAAAAAGGAAGUAUACACUUGCAAACAACGAGGUUGCGGUAAGGUGUUCACUAAUCAAGAUGAAUAUAAGACGCACGAGGCAUUAGAGGCUUUGAAAAUUCGAUUUAUUUGCCGUGAACCAGGUUGUGGAGAGGAAGUGUCAGAUCCAGGUAGCAUGUGGCGACAUUAUCAAGAAUGGCACAACAAUGAAACAAAUGUUUUUGUAUGUCCAUAUACCAAUUGCGGAUCUUUGCAAUCUACCAGUGGUAAUCUCGAGGAGCAUAUUGAGAGUUGUCAUAGACAACCACCUACACUGCCAAUGGAGCCUGAGAUAAUUUGUUUCGAGGGCCCUGAAAACGCAAUAGACGAGGAAGUCAUGCAAAAGACUGACGAAGGAUGUUAUGAACAACUGCCAAGCGAAAAUUUUACUAUAAAGGAAGAAUAUGGGAAUAAGGAAGAAAAUUGUCCUAUUAGAAAUGAAACUAAAAUUCAGGUGAAGAAUGAGUUUUGUCACGAGCAGAAUAAGAUUACGACUGUUACAAACAGCGAGGACUAUUCAACUAAUGAAUCUUUGAAUGGUAUUAACAAGUUUUCUAACAAUGAAAAUCUGCUUAUAAUUAAGGAUAAUUUCUUACGAAAGUACGAUACUGGAACAUCAAAGUGUGAAGAGAUUCUUCAAGUGGAAUGCACGCAGGAUAAGAAUAAUGUGGUUUAUAUAAAUAGCGACGUAACUAUUACGAAGAAUAUGAAAACGGAAAUAUGCAACUUAAAUAUACGAAAUCAGGAACAUAGAAUAGAUUUAGGAAACAUGGAACGAGUUUUUCGAAGCGGUCUCGAGCGCGAGAGUUCUUUGAAAAUUGAAGAGAGCUCGAUAGAAACAAAUAGUAACUGUUCGGAUGACGAGGAGUAUACCCCAAAGAAGCAACGCAUGUCUAGGUACAAACAGGAAACAUAUAAGUGCGACGUCAAUGGUUGCGGAAAGAAGUACAAAUACAUAUCGCAUUAUCGCCAUCAUCAAGACAGUCAUAAAUUAGUCACGAAUGCAAUUAAUUCCAAUACCAGUAAACAAAUGCCAAAGGUAAAGCAAGGAAAGGCGUCUACAGUCAGCUUCUUCAUAUGCAAAAUGCCUGGAUGUGGUGCGCAGGUAAACAACGUAACUGGCCUAUGGAAGCAUUAUCAGGACAAUCAUGCCAAUUCCAAGCCGCCAGUUGUACAAACUACCAAGAACAAUGAAGUAUUUCAGUAAAGUGUUUGCGAUUUUCGUAAUAUUACUCUCGUUGCGGGCAUUGCGCACGCAUAGCGCAAGUAAUCGUAAUAAGCCGUUAUUUCAGAGGCAAGGUACUGGAAUGUGAAGUAGAGUUAAAUGUUGUACAAACGUAUUUCGAUCAGGUUCACUCCGAUGAUUCCACUGAGCGACACGAACGGAAAGACUGGCAAUGGGCGUAGCAUUCAUUUACUGAGAUAUUGCAGGACGCUACUGCCCAGUAGAGAAAUUUUAAGACUGAAUUCCAAGCCAAGCAUAAUAUUAAUUUGAACGACUACGCCGGAAGCAGCGCAACACUCAUAAUCGCUAAUAGUUGAAGGGAAUUUUUUCGGAAUUAACUCUAAUCUCGUGGGGGAGGUCCUCUCCUUUGCGACGUGUGGAAUAGCGAGAAAUCACGGUAAUUCAGAGUAUUUUACAGAGAUUAUUAUAUAGCCAAUUUUACGCGACUACAUUGCUUGAAGCUUACGUGUUUGGUCUGUAAUUGAACGCUGUUAACUACAAUAGACUCUUUUAGUAAUUGUAAGAGAUAUGGGCUUUGUAGGAUACUCUGACAUCGAUCAAUAAAUAUAUUGUCGGUAUUUAAGAAAGUUUAUCGAGCAGCUUGAUGUAUGCUGUGGCGGAACGACUAGCAGCUCGAAUAAAUAGAAAAUUCAGUCCAAAAGUAUAUACAUAUGUCAUUCUAUAUGAAUAUAAAUUUUUCUCGUCGCUAUAAGAGGCUAAAUCCGCUACAGCGAUUCGCACUUGUAAUAACGAGACUCUCUGUACUGAUUUUUACUAUUUUAUAUUAUGUCAUUUUUAUGUAACUUAUAUUCCUUCUACCGAUAUGUAUAUGUCGAUAUUUACUAUACCAGUGUGUAUAUAUAUAUACAUAUAUAUACACGUAUACAUAUUUGUUAUAUACAUAUAUAUAUAUAUAACAUAGCAACGUAAGUAUUGUAUAGCAUUUUUAUUUGUAUGUCUGUAUGUUUAAAAAUAAAGUGCAAUAUUAGAGAUGAAACAGAAA